ACAAAGUGUUCCUUAGUCACAUGUAAACUUUGGUACUCUGCUGUGUUAUAUUUGUAGAUCUGUACUGAGAAAAAUAAAAAAAGCUCUGAACGCAUUAUCAGUUGUUUGUUGAACGUAGACGUGGUCUACGUACGAAGGUAUUCGAUGGUAAACCGUAUACGUUUCUAAAUUACUUACUCGAAUACAAAAAUGGUGUUCGAAACGGUGGUGUCAAGUCAACUGAAUAAGUUUCUCGGUGCCUAUAUCGAAAAUCUUAAUAGUUCCCAACUGAAACUGGGACUUCUGGGUGGUGAUGUUGUGCUAAACCGACUUGUCUUGAAGCAGAGUGCCCUUGAUGAUUUAGACCUGCCCGUGAAAACUGUGGCUGGUCAUAUAGAUGAGCUUGUACUGAAAAUACCCUGGACAAAUAUUUAUGCUUCUAGGACACAAGUUUGUAUUAAAGGUCUCUACUUAUUGGCCAUUCCCAAUCAGGCUGUUGCCUUUGAUGCAGAUAAAGAAAGAAUUGCCACCAAAGAGGCAAAAGAGAGGCAGUUAGCCUUGAUUGAGGAAGCCAAAGCCCGGGAAACGGCAGUCGACAGUUCACAAGAAAGCGAUGGUUUCGUAGCUAAAUUAGCAGCUCAAAUUCUCCAAAAUCUACUCGUGACAGUUGAAGAUGUUCACAUUAGAUUUGAGGACAACAUUACGGAUCCCAGUCGUCCGUUUGCGUUUGGUGUAACUUUAAAAAAACUGGCCCUUGAAAGCACGGAUAGCUCAUGGAACCCGACUCUCAUUUCUGAGCCGUCUAAGCAGUUCUUCAAGCUUUUAAGUCUGGAAUGUCUGUCUAUAUACUGGCUCAGUAACACGACCAACCUUCUAAGCAAAAUGAAUAGCCAAAGCCAAGUGGAAUAUUUUCGUAAGGGGAUAGCCAACGCCCAUGCGAGACCAUACGAAAAUUCCUACAUUGCGGGUCCUAUAACAUCGUACGCCAAAUUACGAAUCAACACUCGACCAGAAUUGGAUGGCUCAAACUACACGAUCCCUAAAAUCUUCCUCAAUCUAACAAUGGAAGAAAUAUCAAUGGCGCUGACACCGAAUCAGUACAAGGACAUUGUUGGCUUCUUAGGCAACGUCGAAAGGUUGAACCGAGGCUCACCCUACCGCAAGUAUCGACCCGUCAUUAGUGGCUACAAGAAGUAUGCCAAGUACUGGUGGCUUUUUGCUUACCAGUGCGUUUUGGAAGAAAAUGUUCGCCGUAGGAGAAGAAACUGGCGAUGGUCUUAUAUGCGGGAACAUAGAACUUUGGUACGACGGUACAUCGAGCUAUACAAAACAAAACUUGGGCAAAAGAAAGAAGAUUUGCGGCUAAAAAAGAACUUGGAAGAACUCGAAGACCACCUCGACGUAUUUAAUAUUACCUUGGCUAGGCGACAGGCCGAAGUACAGGUGGAACGAAUGCGGGCCAGUGAACAGAAAAUUAAAGACGAAGCCGAAGCGCAGCAAAAAAGCAAAGGUUGGUUUAGCGGUUGGUUCGGAUCUGGAGCCUCAUCUACAACCAUUAGCCCUGAUACAGAAAGUGUCGUUAAAAGUUUGCAAGCUGAGAUGACACCUGCUGAAAAAGCCAAGCUUUACAGUGCUAUUGGCUACGAAGAAAAUGCUGUCCCUGCUAUUUUCCCCAAAACAUUUGUCGAAAAUCGUUUCGAGUUUUUUCUCAAGAAACUCGUCAUACUGUUACAUGAUAACAUGGAUACCAAGCAGCCAGUUAUCUUGCUUUCUAGUCUUAGUGGAGUCGAAGCCACUGUAGAGCAACGGCCGGUUGCCCAAGCUCUUCAGGCCACUGUCAAAGUUGGGGACUUUGUCAUAGAUGGAACCCCACAAAAUGGCGAUAAACCUAGCCUCGUUCGUCCAUUAGAAACCAACAGAGAAAUCCUAAGUCUAGUCUACGAAACAAACCCGCUGGAUGAGAGUUGUGACCAGAGGGUACGGUUAGCGACGGAACCAUUGCAAAUUACUUACGAUGUGAAAACACUUGAAAAAGUAAGUGCCAUGUUCGAGUCAAAAGAGGCUUCGCAGCUUACGCAACUUACGGCCGCUGCCAGACAGAAGCUGGAAGAUUUGAAGAAAACAUCCGCCCUGGGUUUGGAAUAUGCCAUUCAGAACCACGCAGUCGUGGACGUGGAUGUCAAUAUAAAAGGAUCCUAUCUAAUCUUACCGUCUGGAGGAUGCCUUAAGAAUAAUGGUGGCAAAAUUCUAUGCAAUAUGGGAAAUUUUUCCUUCAAGAGUGUGGAUGCCAAAAAACGUAGCGAAGUGUCACUAGUGAAUCAACUGAUGCGCGUUGGAAGUACAGAGCAAGACAUCAUGGAGGAAAUGCUGAAAAAUAGCUACGAUAAAUUCUCCCUGGGCCUUCGUGACGUCCAGAUUAUCUCCGUGCUACCCAAUGAAGAUUGGACCAAUCUAGUCAAACGAACCAAAACAGAUCAUUUCAUACUAAAACCGAUGAGUAUCGAGUUAAUCGUAGAAAAAUGUCUCCUGCUUGACGACCCUCGUCUCCCCAAGUUGAAAGUUUCCGGACAACUUCCAUCGAUUCAUAUAGAUGUUAUAGACACGAGGUUGGUGAACUUUGCUGCUGUACUGAAAAGCAUUCCCUCACCUGCUGCAGACAACACUUCAAAUGAAUUUGUGGACGCGGUUGCUCCAAGGUCGGAGCUGCCAGCUCGAAUUAGCAGUGAUGAUAGUGCCUUAGAACAUUUGGAAAACGUUUUCAAAGUCGCAAACAAUGAAGAUGGCCAACAGCUGUCAAACAAUAAAGAAGUCCAAUUAAGCAACGACGAACUUGUUCAACCUACCGACUUGAUGCUGCGGUUCGAGUUCCAAGACGUCCGAUUAAGUUUGUCAGUCGGCCUAAAUGAUCAAGCCUCGAAACCUGUUCUCUCUUUUGGAAUGGAGAGCUUGGCGAUGGUGUUCACAAAGAAAGUCUUUGAAACUGUCAUUGAUCUCACUUUGAAAGAUUUAAGCCUCAAUUUCGUCGACCAUAUGGCGAAAGAUGAGAGCCACAGAAGUGUCAAAAUGAUCAAUAGCCACGAUUCUUCCAAAGAAUUGCUUUCUGUUCGCUUCGUGGACGUCAACAAGCAAUCUCCUGAAUUCCAUGCCAGACACAAAUCGGUCGCAAGAAAGCUGGAAGUAGUCAUCUCAUCAUUGGAUUGUGAUUUCCACCAAGAAGCUGUCAUCGACCUUCUCCAACUUAGUAAUGACAUCAACUCUCAGAUCGAUAGGAGCAGUUCUGUUCAGCGUGCGACUGGUAUCACUUCAACUGAUACCGAAAAUUUCAUUAGAAAUCAGCCUGUUAAACUUCUGGCUGCUGAAGAUAAAGAAAGGAAACGACGUGACAUCUCCGAUGAAAUCGUGGACUUCCAGUUGAAGGCGCAGUUCCAUCACUUUCGAGUAAACAUGCUGACACGGAAGUUACGUCUGACUGAAAUUACAAUCAGUGGAUUGGAGAUGGAAACAAGCGUACGCGCUUCACAUAUAGUUUUCGAAGCUGGACUCAACGAAUUCCGAAUUGCCAAUCCUAAUGGUGACUCGCUUUAUCGUGAAAUUGCUUUAGUCGUGGACGGGCGAGCCAUCCAGUUAAACGUGAAGAUUUUUAAUAACGCAACAGAGGACGUGAAUAUCAUCGACAUGAAGAAAGUUGACCUGGCCAUCCACUUGAAGAUGAGUCGCAUGAAAGCGGUUUACUUGAGCAGCUUUGUGAGGGAUUUGCUGGCCUUCAUUAAUCAUUUCCAGGCAGCUAAAGAGGCCCUUAUCCAAGCGUCUUCGGCCGCCGCUACGGCUGCCAAGGAAAACAUGCAGAAGGUUUACGUCCAGGCAACACGCAUCUUACUGGAUAUUGAAUUCCAGGCGCCAUACAUCAUUUUCCCUCAGAGAUCCAACAGCACGGACGCUCUCAUUAUCGAUCUUGGACACUUUACACUAAAGAAUCGAUUUGACUUGAGGAACACUCGCAAUGAGAUCGGUUCUCCGGCUAUCAUGGAUGCAAUCAGUUUAAAUCUGCAAGAGCUGCGCAUCUUUUUGGCCGUUGUCGAUGGCAUGAAGGUCAAAUCAGAAAGAGAACUCAUCGAGCCGUUGACCUUCAACCUCGACUUGGUGAGGAAUUUAACAAGCACUUGGUACAGCGAUGAACCAGACCUCAGAGUGGACGUUGAAUUAGGCAAGGUCAGCAUUGUUGUUAGCGAAUUCGUUUAUCGCAAAUUGAUGCAGAUCGUCUUCGACAAUUUGGAAGAAGGACAAAACCAAUUGCUUGAACUGGAACAUGCAGAAAUAAGAGAUCGGGAAUCUAGCCGACCAACAAGCACUCUUCAAGGAAAAGCAACAUCUUCGGAGAGUCCGCUUUUAUCAUCGCAAUCGUCUGAACUUUCGGCCGAUAGUAUCUUGCAGCGCUACGGACCGACGCGAGUCUCGAUGGCAUUUUCGGUUAAAUUGGCAGAAAUAAAAAUGGAACUGUUUACGAACGUUGUCCCCAAGAAAGAAAUGACAUUCUCUGCAAAACUGGAAAGGCCUUUAUCAAAAUUGGCUAUGCAAGGAUUCGUUGUCUCUGGCCAAUUGAUGUCUGAUUUGUCGAUCCAAUCAAAGGUUACACUGCACUCGCUUUUGAUUGAAGACACAAGACCAUUGUUGCAAUCUGGUAUUUCAUCUCCGACUACUCCGGGCACUCCGAGCUCGUCAUUGAAACGCUUGGUGGAAAGACCAAUCAAUCGGCUCCUCUAUCCGACGGAAUCUAGCAGCAAUCCACAGCAGCAAAUGUUGUUGAUUGAUUUCCUGCAGGAAAAGCAGCAAGACUCGAAAGUUGACGUACAUCUGUGCGGAUUCACGUUGAUUCUCUGUCCAAGUUACUUGUUGCGACUCUUGAAUUUCUUCACAGCUGGACUGCCUAAGCCUAAAGCUGCUCCGCCAGUUAAACCAACUAGACCGACGAAUUCGUCACACGUCGCACCAGUUCGUAGCAAGAAACCUCAAUCGAUAUCGUUGAUGUCCGUCACUGUACGUGUGGACAAGCCCGACAUAUUUCUUGUGGAUCGAAUCGAUUGCUUGGAUACCAAUGCUCUCGUUCUCAAUUUCGAAAUGAAGUUGAAUCUCUUAAUACUUCCUCAAGCAAUGGACAUUUCAGGAGAUGUGUCUAAGCUCCACAUUUAUUCUUGUCUCUUCAAUCCCCAUCAUCGUCAGGGAACAAUGGGGACAGUCCUCAGUCCGUGCGGGUUAGCUGUCAAAGCCAAAUUGUGCGAAGAUGAGCAAGCUUCUCAAGUAGACAUAAACAUAGGUGACAUGACACUAAGUGUCUCGCCAGGAACAAUCGCGUUGCUCACGAGCGUGAGCAAGAGCAUGGCUCUGACAGGCAGUGAUGACGAGGCACUCGGAGAAGAGGAAGAAGACAAGGAUAAAGAAGAAGUUUCCUUUGCUUCAUGGACAGACCUAUGGGAAAUGAAACAUUUAGCUUUCUUUAACUUCCCAUUUCUCGAAACUGAAAUUGGUGAAGAAGCACACGAAUUUGUAGAUGAUAACAUGGCCUUAGUUCCGCCCAAAAAACGAGUACGCAGCGAGCAGAUGAUUGUCGUUUUCAAUCAUUUUGAAAUGAUGAUCGAAACGGGCCAAGGAAAUCGAACAUCGCCUUUAGUUUUGCUCGAGAGUCGCAUGAGUGCCAACGUCAGGAAUUGGAGUUCACUUCUAGAAUUGACAGCAAGUCUUAAUCUUCAGGCUGGCUAUUACAAUAGUAGAUUGGCCAUAUGGGAACCUCUACUGGAACCAGUGGACUGCACCCGGUUAGGUCCAGUCCGGCUGAGACCAUGGGAGUUGACGAUGAAGAUGCAGAAGGUUGUCGAUGAUUGGGAUGGAUUUGAAUUUGAAAGCCGUCCGUCAUCUAAAAUGGAAAUCAAAUUUGAAUCAGCAGACACAAUGGAAUUAACUGUUACCCGCAGCUUUCUUGAUGUUGUUUCUUUGCUCGGGAAAGCUUUUAGCGACGCAGUUAAUCAAAAGUUUUUCAAACGCGAUCUGCUCCCGCCUUCGCUUUACGUGGUCAACAAUCAGCUGGACAAGAAUGUGGUUAUUAUUCUACAGGAUUCAGAUUUCAUCGUUGACGAUGCCUCAAUAGCAGACGCUAAAGAGCUGAUUCUUGAAUCCGGAUCGAAAAUUGGAUUAAAAUUGAAACCGAAGAUUCGUACACGUUCUGUUUUGAGUGAAGAGACUGAAAACGAACGGAUGUUGAAAGUCAAAAUUCCAGAGCUUUCAUACCAAAACGGGGGCAUCCCCGUGAGUCGUUCCAGCCGUCGUUAUUUGCCGGCUGGCAAAUCAGAAAGGGAUGAGAAUAUCGGAAUUGUAGCGGAUAUUGUCAACGAUUUUGGUUUCCGCUCCAUUACAUUCCGGGGCCUCGUUCAAAUCCACAAUCAUUUUCCACAACCCAUUGACGUGUAUUACAUGACCAAGACGGGCAACGAGGUCAAUGGUGUCGGCCGAGUGGAAGAGUGCGGCGUUCUCAAUGUCCCCCUCUUCGCCUUGUACACGCCAACGGGUGAACUUUUCUUCAGUCCUCUUGGAUAUGGCGUCUCGAUUGUACCCUUUGUGUGGCGAGAUCUUCAACGACAGAAUCAAAUCAGCAAAGUGUUGCAGUGCAGUUCCCGACAAUCUUCCAGGACUUCUAACAAUGAAGACCCUUUCUUCAUGCAGGUGACAGGCAAUGUUGAGCACAUCUAUCUGGAAGACACCCGAAAGAAAACGUUGAACAGCUUUUGUUAUGCGAUCCAUCUGCGUCCGACAGUCAUUUUGCAUAAUUCGUUGCCGGUGCCGCUUUAUAUUCUUACGUGCGGUGCCAUGAACGAACUGAUUGUGCCACCGGGGGGUAAUAGUUAUCUCUCCUGUGUCGAGCCCGGAGCGGCCUAUGUGGUACUGAAGCUGAAAAACUAUUUGGAACGUGACUGGGCAUGCAAAGAAGAAAUUCGUCCAAUUCCAGCAGAGUUAUCGGUGUGGAGUCUGAUCUCGUACGACGGUUCAGCGAAGGCAACGUUAGAUUUGGGCGUCUUUUCUACCGUCAAAGAUCACACGCUCCACAUGACUGUCUACUGCCCAUUCUGGAUGAUCAAUAACACUGGCCUUUUGUUGGCAUAUAAGCAUUCCGGCAAGUCGUCUAAAAAGGCGAAGGUGCGCAAAUCAUUGAAGCGCUGGGCUUCCACGGUUUCUUUAAACUCCGUCGCCUCGUUGGCGGCAUUUUCGGGCGAAGAGGACAACUGCAUCUAUCAUCCGGAGAAUAUGUCUGAUCCUGUUUUGUUUUCCUUCCGUGCAAAAUCCUUCUUUGAAAAGAAGACGGCAAUGAUACGUGUGGAGGAUUCAAAUUGGUCGGAUCGAUUCUCGCUCGACGUGGCUGGCAGUUCGGGACUUGUGACUUGCAAAACAGAAGACGGUGAUAAUCCCUCGUGUUACCAAUUGGGAGUCACGGUGCAACUAAGCCACGGAGGCUUGACGAAACAAGUCAUUUUCACACCUUACUACAUUCUCUCCAAUUUGGCUCCGUUUGACGUCGACGUGUUCGAAGUACGCGAAGUGGGUCCUCGAUCAUCGACUCCCGCCCCAAGUCGCGAUUGGUUUCCCAUUGGAGCCAGCCAAUCCGUCCCGUUUUGGCCACGCUUUCCGCAAAAGUGGUUAAUUUUCCGAAUCACAGGCACCAUGGAAGAAACGCUCGCCUUAUCGCUGGAUAAGCCCCAACCCACGCUGUUGCGGCUGAACAACGGAUACGGUGGACUCUUCAUCGACUUCCAGGUUUCAGAGUCGUCAGUCAUCAUCGUCUGCCACCCGUACGAAGACGGCCGAGCUCCUCUUCUGCUGGUCAACCAUUCUCAAAUCUCUGUGAGCAUAAGCGAAUCGAAUGAUGGAUCGACAUCGAUGGAACUCGCGCCCCAUCACGCUACCUACUAUACUUGGAUGCAACCCAACGGAGCGAGGAACUUGACGUGGGGUACUUGUGGUUUCAAACGCGAGUUUAGUGGACGGGACGUCACGCGGAGCGCCAGUGGCAGUUUCGAUAGUCCCGCCGGCUCCCUCGAGUGGAUUUCGUUCUUGCACGGAAGACAGCGGGUCCUGCUCUUCACCGACGAUAAAAUGCUGGCCUUCCAGCAGCGCAGCGUUAGCACAACAGAGCCGGUCGAGCAGAGCGUCACCGUGUCGCUUCACGGACUCGGCAUCUCGUUAGUGGACAACACCCACCGACGGGAAAUUCUGUACGCCGGAAUCACGAGCUCGGGUGUCAUCUGGGAAACGGCCAAAAUGCGGAUGAUUCGGCCGAUAUACCGUGCCAUGAGCAUCCGCCAUAACAUGAUGCUCGAAGAGGCCUACCAACAGUAUACACGCAAUUUGGCAGCCGGUGUUGACACGGGCAGUCGGCGUGAAUUGGAUGGCGGCCGCCUCCUAGCCGAUUUUAAAGAAUUGAAAGUGUACAAGCCGAAAGAACGAUUACUUCGACGUAGCUACCGAUCCGGACUGGAGUUGCUUCUUGAAACGUACUGCAACCGUCGACUUGUUCAUGCCCGUCUCAACAAACUGCAGAUCGAUAAUCAGCUGGAAGACUGCGUCUUUCCCAUCGUGUUUGCUCCCGUUCCUCCGCCUCGUAGCAUCGCCACGGAAUCUAUCCCGCAUCCGUUUGUCGAAAUCAGCAUCGUCGAGUUGCUAGGUCAACAGACGGACGUCCAACAAUAUGAAUACUUCAAGCUGUUGGUGCAAGAGUGUCACUUUCGCGUCGAUAUGUCACUCGUCAACGGAGUGGGGUCAUUGUUUGUCAAUGAAAAUGAGCUCGUGUCCGAACUGGAACAUAAGAAAAAUGUUGAAAUGGACAUUGAAUUAGCGAAACAAGGAUUGCACGAGAGGACUCGUUUGCUUAACGAUAAAGCUCCAGAAAAUUAUUUCAAGAUGUUACACUUGUCUCCACUGAAGAUCCAUUUGAGUUUCUCUAAUACUGGCAGCGUAAGUGCAGUUAGCUCUUCCCAGCAACAGACCAGCAAUAAUCCCGCGAGUCAGUUGCUUAAUUUGCUGAUGCAGAGCGUCGGCGUCAGUUUGACGGAAGUGCAAGAUGUUGUCUUCCGCUUGGGAUUCUUCGAACGGAGCGACAUUUUCCUGAGUUGGCAACAACUGGCCCGCGACCUACAAUGGCACUAUACCGGCCAGGCCGUCAAACAGUUUUACGUCCUCGUUUUUGGAUUGGACGUCAUCGGCAAUCCUUUCGGUCUGGCUCUGGGCAUCUCGCAAGGAGUCGAGCAGCUCUUUUACGAGCCGUUCCAAGGCGCGAUUCAAGGGCCUGGAGAGUUCGUAGAAGGGUUGGCUCUGGGUGCUCGUAGCCUGAUUGGGCAUACGGUCGGUGGUGUGGCUGGAGCGGCGUCAAGGAUCGCUGGCACCCUAGGCAAAGGUCUCUCUUACCUAACAUUCGACGAGGACUACCAGAAGAACCGACGUGAAACUUUGCUGCGUCGGCCCAACGACAUUGGCGAGAAUUUAGCCCUAGGAGGCAAAGGCCUCUUGAUGGGCGUCGUGGAAGGCGUAUCUGGAGUUGUAAUGCGUCCGAUCGAGGGAGCCCAACAGCAAGGAGUAGGCGGUUUCUUUGCUGGUAUCGGGAAAGGCGUGGUAGGGCUCGUAACACGGCCGACUGCUGCCAUCGCCGACUUUGCCAGCGGAUCACUGGAUGCCAUGAAAAAGGCUGCAGAUGUCAAUGAGGAGCUGUCACGCCUACGUCCGCCACGCUUCCUACACCCGGAUGGAAUAGUCAGGCCUUACAUCCGUUACCAAGCUGACGGUGAUUGUUUACUAAAGAUUCUGGAUAAAGGACGUUUCUCCAAGACGGACUAUUACGUAGAUCACGCAGUGACGGACAAUAAGAUGACUCUUUUAGUAACAGAUCGUCGCCUUGUGCUCAUGUCCCACGAUCUUUUCGGCCAAUGGCAGGUCGAAUGGAGCCAUCCAUGGGAAGAGCUAACAGAACCUCCACAAUCGAACCCCAAUGGACUUUACAUCCCUUUGCGCAACAACAAGAAAGUGUUGGGUCUGUUCACGAGCAGCGAAAGUGGCAAGUUGGUUAGCAUUCCGUCUCAAGAGAAAUGCGAGAUGAUACGAAAGAAAGUUGAGAAAUUGAUGAAAUCGUAACUACGCGGAAGAUGAAUUGCGAAAAUAAAAAAAAAAAACGUUGGACACGAGCGCAAUUUUACACAUCUGCCUGUUAAAAAAUCGCGAUUUUUUUGUUUGUUUUUUUGUCAUUUGAUUUCAAUAUUUGCUUUCUCGGGCUAACACAUUACUUUUGACCCUCUCAAAUCGUUUCAACUACCGUGAGCUUCAGUUUAAUAUAAUAUCAAUUAUAUCAA